CCACCUUCCAGGGACAGAAACAGACUCUCAGCAGGGGCUGGAAAAGAACGAAGGACGAGCAGCAGCUCUUGGCCUGCAGUCAGAGGCAGCAAUCUGAACCCAGUCCUGCCCCGCCUCUCCUGGGCCUGGAUUCAGGAGUGUCUGUACUCCCUGAAGAAGUCCACGGCUUUACUCCAGCAGGCAGUACACCCUGGAAGGAGGAGGGUGUUCCAAGGCAGCCAUGUCCGCCCUGUACCCAUCUCUGGAGGACCUGAAGGUGGACCAGGCCAUUCAGGCCCAGGCCAGCGCCACACCCAGGAUGCCCACCCUGCCAGUCCAGGAGACAGCUGUCUCCCAGCCUUCAGUUUUGUACCCAAACCUGAAAGAAUUGGAAAAUUACAUGGGUCUUUCCCUCUCCAGCCAGGAAGUCCAACAGAACCUGCCUCAGAUUCCAGAAGGUGCCAGUAUGGAGGUCUCGGGCCCCUCGCCGGGCCAGAUGGUAGCACCUGUGUCCCAGAACAGCCUGGGCGCGCGGCGUGCGGAGAUCAAGCCAGGGGUGCGAGAGAUCCACCUGUGCAAGGAUGAGCGUGGCAAGACGGGGCUGCGGCUGCGGGCCAUCGACAAGGGGCUCUUUGUGCAGUUGGUCCAGGCCAAUACCCCUGCGUCCCUUGUGGGGCUGCGCUUUGGGGACCAGAUCCUGCAGAUCGAUGGGCGUGACUGUGCCGGGUGGAGCACAGACAAAGCCCACCGAGUGGUGAAGAGGGCAUCGGCCGAGAAGAUCAUCAUGGUGGUUCGGGACAGGCCAUUCCAGCGGACUGUCACCAUGCACAAGGACAGCAAGGGCCACAUUGGCUUUGUCAUCAAGAAGGGGAAGGUGGUCUCUGUGGUCAAAGGGAGUUCUGCAGCCCGCAACGGGCUCGUCACCAACCAUUACAUGUGUGAAGUGAACGGGCAGAAUGUCAUUGGGCUGAAGGACAAAGAGGUCACAGAGAUUCUGGCCAAGGCUGGGAAUGUUGUCACCCUGACCAUCAUCCCCACCGUGAUCUUCGAGCACAUGGUCAAAAAGUUGUCUCCGACCCUGCUCCACCACACCAUGGACCACUCCAUCCCAGAUGUCUGAAGCCACAAGAGGGCAGGCAGCUCAGCCCUCCCGCCCUCCUGCAGGAAAGGAAGGCUCUUCAAGGAUGAUGGGUGGCAGAGGCCUGCUGCCUGGGGGCAGGGAUGUCUUGACAGGGGCGUGUUCCAGGUGGGGUGACAUCAGACCAUGUCUGUCAUUUAUAACACAGGCCUCCUUUAUGCCUCAGACUCUUAACUGGACUAAGGCAGGGGCAAGGCCCACAGGCAGCGGAUUCUCUGUGCUGGUUUAAAUGCUGGACACGUAGGCGGGCCGGCUGAACACUGCCUGAGGUUGCAGCUGGGUCCCUUUUCAAGAUUUUGUCCUUACCAGAAAAACAGUUAUGUUUUGAAAGAACGGAAAUACCUUUGUGAGAAUUUUUUCUUUUUCCUUUACUUGAUCUUUGUCACGAACUGUAUAUAGUUGU